AUAUGAUAAAGUUAAUCAUACCAGUUCGUUUAUCUUCAUUUGUUCCUAAAUCAAUAACAAUUCAAAAACAGUUAGUUAAGCAGUAUACCAUUAAUUUUUUAUUGCAAAAUUCUACAAAUUCGGCAUUGAUCACAAAAACAAGUUUAAAAGCCACAAUGAUAAAAAGUAGUAGUAAUGGAUUUAUUUCAACUUCUUUAAGUUUAAAUGAAAAUAAUUCAAACAAAACAUCACCGUCAUCAAAUCCAGAGGAUUCAACAUCAAAAACACUUAAAUCAAAUAGAUUUCCCCCUCGUAAAAAAAUUAAUGACCUCACAGAUUUAGAGAAUAUGCGUAAACUAAUAACAGAAACAAUUUCUAGUAAAGCCAAUGUGGGAGAUUUAUUGCCAUGUAUGAAAGCGAAAGAAUUUUGUGAAGUUUAUGAGAAUCUUGAUAAACAAAAUAAGAAAAAUCUCUUGAACAUUCUUGCUCGAGAUUUUGAUAGCUCACUUAAGAAUUUAUUUAUAGGUGUCCCAAGAGAAGAGGCCAUCAAAUCAGCAACUAGUUAUAUUCAAAAUACAAGAGCAGUAUUUCGAGCAGAACAAAUACUUAGACAUACAUUGACACCAGUUUAUAAUGUAUUUUUUGAUCGAGUAAAUCAAUUACCUGAUGGAACAAAAUUUUUAAUUGAUAUGCGGGCUGAUUUACUAGAAAUUAUUCAUGAAGAUAGUCAUGAGAUAUAUUUGACAGCCUUAAAUGAAUCAUUAAAAGAAAAAUUGACAACUUGGAUAUUGGGAUUUUUAGAUCUUAAAAGAAUUACAUGGUAUUCACAUAGAACGGUAUUAGAAAAGCUUAAGAAUUAUGAAGCAGUUCAUUCUAUAAAAGACUGGGAUGAUUUCAAGAGACGUGUUGGACCUGAUCGACGCUUAUUUGCAUUUUUUUUUCGUGGAAUGCCUCAUGAACCACUUGUAUUUAUAAAUGUGGCAUUAAAAAAUGAACUUUCAAAUAACAUUCAGCCAGAUCUGAUGUCAUCAUCAUAUUUUCAUGAAAUAAAACAUGCAAUAUUUUAUUCUAUCACCAGCCAACCAGGCCUGUCUGGUAUAGAAUUGGGCAAUUUUUUAAUUAAAAGAGUUGUUCGAGUAUUACAUAGUGAGUUUCCAAGUAUAGAAACCUUUUCAACAUUAAGCCCCAUACCUAGAUUUCGUAAAUGGUUAAUUACAAGAAUUAAUAUAGAAAAAAAUGGUAUAUUUAUUAAUAAUGAGGAAGGUCAAAUUAAAUUUUUAAAAGUUUCUUUGAAGCAAAAUGAUUCAUCACCAUUGAAUAUUAACAAAGAAGUGUCAGAAAAGUUUAAAGAAAUUCUUAGUACAAGAGAUUGGAUUAAUGAUGAAAAAAUUUUCUUUGUACUCAAACCAAUAUUAUUAAGGUUAUGCGCAAGAUAUAUUCUUACAGAAAAACAUAGGACUUUUGCACUUGAUCCUGUUGCCAAUUUCCAUAUACGUAAUGGUGCUUGUGUUCAUCGUUUGAAUUGGCUUGGAGAUGUUUCAGAGAAAGGACUCAAUGAAUCAUUUGGAAUGAUGAUAAAUUAUAAUUAUUUUCUUGAUUAUAUUGAAACUAACAAUCAAAAGUACAUGUCAAAAGGAACUAUCACAUUGUUAGAUGAAGAUCCUGUUUUAGUUGAAGAAGCAAAAAGAGAAAAUUCCAAUAUUCAUUUAAUUAAACCAGGAGAAAUUUGA